CAUUUGUGAAAAACCUGGAAAACUUUUUUAUAUACGUGAACGCGAUAUAGUUUUCGAGCAGAACAAGUAAAUCCACCAAACAACUGCUGCAAAAAAUUGUAAAUUUUCGUCCAAAAUCAGUGUGAUUCCAGUGGAAAAUCAAACCAGCUGCAACGCAAUGAUACCACAGAGCCGAUUAGAGUUAGGUUUUCGUAUCCGGGUUGGUCAACACUACGGAACAGUACGUUACAUCGGAGAGGUCGCAAACACUGACGGUGAAUGGAUCGGUGUGGAAUGGGACGAUCCCCAAAGAGGAAAACAUUCCGGAACGGUAAAUGGCGUAGAGUACUUCCUGACAAGGUCAGUACGUGUCACUUGUAUUAAGGAAGGAGAUGAAAACGCAGGAUCGAUGAUACGUAGCGAAAAGAUUCCCUCAUUUAUGACGCUGUUGGAAGCUAUAAAUGAUAAAUAUAUUAUGACAAAGGAUACUUUGGGUUUGGAUGCGGAGAUGCUGAAAGAAGUGCAGAAGCAGAUGCAUGCCUCGUUGUUUGAGGUUGUUGGAAUGGAUAAAGUUGGUGGUAAACAGAGUGAUUUGAGUCACUUGGUUGAUGUUUCGGUAGCAUAUUCACCGGUCAAUUCUGCGGGGGAUCUAACCCCCUUGACAAGUCUUUGUUCGCUUGAUGUCUCAGCAACUCUGCUUUGGAAUUGGAAAAUUGUCGGCGACAUUGUAACACAAAUUCCAACUUUACAGGAAAUCAAUCUUUCGAAUAAUCGAUUAAUCAGACCGUCGGAUGAGGAUAUCUGUUCUUUGGUUACUAAAUUCCAUGGCUUGAAAAAACUUAUAUUGAAAAAGUGUGCACUCAGCUCCUGGCCCGAGUUAUUACGUUUGGCUCGAUUGUGGCCGAUGAUUGAAUCUCUUUCUCUAGAAGACAACGGACUGCGUUUAAUCACUGAGGAAAGCUACGAAAUGGCAUUGACAAACUUGCAACGAUUGGAUCUUCAAAACAAUCAGAUUAACGAUCCGCAGUCUAUUAAAGCCUUGGGCUGGCUGCCGGCAUUGAAAGAGUUAUCGCUUAAUGCGAACGAAAUUCGUCAGAUUGUUUUUAAUGAGGAUAUCCCCCACACGGAAAAAAUUGCUCUCUUUCCCAAGCUGCGGGUUCUAUACUUGCGUGAGAAUCCCAUCGCAAAUCAAUGUGUAACCUUCAACGAGCUGGAUAAACUAGCUGCAUUGGAGCAUUUAACUAUGGACCCGGACCCGAGCGUGAGUUACGAGGAAACGGUUUCCCGUGCCGUCGGAUCCAUCGCUGGACUGAAGACAUUUAAUCGUGCCUCCGUCGCAGAGAAAUUGCGUCGUGAUUCGGAAUGUGAUAUGUGGAAAAUGUACGCCGUGCAAUGGUGUCUAGUGCGGAAUGAUGCCCAACAAUUGAAAGCAUUUUUUAAGGCCCAUAGAAUGUAUCCGCGUGUAAUGGAGAGACUAGGCAGCCCCGAGCAAUUUCUUCCCGAUACUCGUAAAGUGUCCAACAUGCUGAAUCUCCACUUACUGAACGAACGUACCGGUGAAAUUCACAAGAAAAAAGUCCCUAAGCAAAUCAACCUACAGACGUUGGAGAAUUUGAUCGUUAAAUUGUUUGGACCCCCGGCGGAUCGGCAAGGUGGUCUACACCUGUCACUACUGGAUAGAAAGCGGGAUGUCCGAAUUCCGUUGGAAAAACAUGGCAAGAGCUUGGAUUUCUAUUCUGUCGAAGAUCAGGAUACCAUUGUGUUCUAGUAUUGCAUUGUAACGAGAAACCAUGUUUCAGAACUUUUAAGAAAAUUGAAAAAAGAUUAAUUAUAUGCAUAUUUAUUUGCCUGUUAGCA